GUAUCCUUAUCGUUUUCGUGCAUAUCGUUGGCGAAGAGUUGCGAGUAUAAAAGAGGGUGGCGAGCAAAGGUUGGCAGCCAGUCGAAAAGCUCGACGCCGCACAUUCAACGAUGGUCCAUUCUCUCCAAUCCGCGCAUUCAUCGGCCAACGUGGGACUCGGUAUAACCGUGUCCCAGUCGCAGGUGUGCCCCGUUCCCUACGCAGGGGGACCACAGCUCAUGGACGUGUGCUCUGCGAGUUCGGCUAGCGUGUUCCUGUCUCUGUUGAAUUCUCUUCUAAUCCUAAGCCCGCCAAUCAACGACCCAUGUGGCCGUAUCCAACCAAUUGAUAAACCAGCUAGUCUGUACGACUUCAUUGUCGUGGGCGCUGGAGCUGCCGGCGCUGUAGUAGCUUCCAGAUUGUCAGAAGUAAACGGUUGGAAAGUUCUUCUGGUCGAAGCAGGCCCAGACGAACCCGCGGGAUCAGAAGUGCCCGCUAAUCUUCAACUUUACCUCGGAGGCGAGUUGGACUGGAAAUACUACACGACCAAUGAGUCGUUCGCCUGUCUAAACACGAAUGGUAGUUGUUACUAUCCCCGAGGUAAAAACCUCGGAGGAAACACGGUUCACCACGGUAUGGCCUACCAUCGAGGUCACGCCAAGGACUUCGAGAGAUGGGUUGACGCUGGCAACGAAGGAUGGUCCUGGGAAGAGGUUUUGGAAUACUACAAGAAAUCAGAGGACAACAGGGAAAUUGGAAGAGUCAGCGCCAAGUACCACGCUCAGGGUGGACCCAUGACCGUCGAAAGGCUUCCCUGGCAACCAGAGUUCACCAAUACCAUCAUGGAGGCCGCAGAGGAGGUAGGAUUCGGUGUCACCGAAGACAUGACCGGCGACAAGGUCACCGGAUUCACCGUUGCUCAGACCAUCAGCAGAAAUGGUGUCAGGCUCAGCAGUGUCUCUGCGUUCAUCAGACCAGUUUCCAAUCGUCCGAAUCUCGACGUAGCCAUCAACGCUAUGGUCACGAAGAUAAUCACCAAUGGAAAGACGGCGAUCGGCGUUGAAUUAAUUAUGAACGGAUUGACUUACAUCGUGACGGCUCAAAAAGAAGUGAUCGUGUCCGGAGGCACGAUAAACUCGCCACAGCUGUUGCUUCUGUCUGGAAUCGGACCCAAAGAACACCUGCAGUCCAUGAACGUUCCCGUCGUUCACGAUCUCCCAGGUGUAGGCGAGAACUUCCACAACCAUCAGUCUUUCGGUAUUGCCUUCACCUUGGACGAGCAAGCCUACUCAUUAUUCACGUCGGAAUCUAUGAACCAAUAUCUGUACGAUCAGACUGGACCAAUGUCUGGCACGGGCUUGGCGCAAGUGACUGGUAUACUGGCAUCCGAGUACACGACUCCCGACGACCCAGACAUCCAAAUCUUCUUCGCUGGCUACCAGGCCGUAUGCACCCCUAAGAUAACCGUACCUGACUUGAGGACUUACGAUAACAAAAUGACCGUCAAAUUCACCUCUGUCAACGUGCAGCCACACAGCAGAGGUCGCGUCAUGCUCAAGGACAACAAUCCAUUUUCCCACCCAAGCAUCUGGAGUAACGAUAUCGGCUCCGAGAUAGACGCAAACAUCAUCGUAUCUGGUAUACGUUCCAUCCUGAAACUGGCUAAUUCCACGGCUAUGCAGAAACGUGGACUGCAAAUGGCCCACGAACCUAUAAAAGAGUGUACCGCCCGAUACUGCAUGGGCACCGAUGAUUAUUGGAGAUGCGCCAUUAGUUGGGACACGAGACCAGAAAACCACCAAAGCGGUUCCUGCAAGAUGGGCCCAGCCUCCGAUCCAAUGGCAGUCGUUGAUCCUCGAUUGAGGGUGCACGGUAUGCAGGGACUGAGAGUGGCCGAUGCCUCCAUCAUGCCACAAGUUGUAUCGGGUAAUCCAGUUGCUGCGAUCAAUAUGAUCGGAGAAAAGGCUGCAGACAUGAUCAAACAAGACUGGGGACAGCCCAUCUAACAGAAACGGACUAUUACUGACUGGCUAUAACAAAAAUAUGGAAAUAUACCAAAGGAUAAUAUAAGCAUUAGGGUCGUAAAGUGGAGAGAUCGGAGUCUACAUGUUUAAAUAAAUGAUUAUAUGGCUUCAUCUGUAAA